GCCAAAGAAAAAAAUUAACAUCGGUUUACAGAUUAAUGAGCAUAAAAAACUUAAUUGCAGAAUUUGAGUUAUUUGGUUGUUUCGGGUCUCUUCUUGUUCUUGUUGUUGUGUUGACCUCCAUACGGUACAAAACAUGAGCACCGAACCCAGUAACAGUAAGGAUCCAAAAUCGGUCUACGACUUCACUCUCAAGGAUGGUAUGGGAAAUGAUGUUGAUCUCGCCACUUACAAGGGUAAAGUCCUCCUCAUUGUUAAUGUUGCUUCCAAAUGUGGUAUGACCAACUCAAAUUAUGUGGGGUUAAAUCAACUAUAUGACAAGUACAAACUCAAAGGCCUUGAGAUUCUGGCAUUUCCAAGUAAUCAAUUUGGUGAGGAAGAACCUGGAACCAAUGAUCAAAUAUUGGAUUUUGUUUGUACUCACUUCAAAUCAGAAUUCCCCAUCUUUGAUAAGAUUGAAGUGAAUGGGGACAAUUCUGCUCCCUUGUAUAAAUUCUUAAAGUCGGGUAAAUGGGGAAUUUUUGGGGAUGAUAUUCAGUGGAACUUUGCCAAGUUUCUAGUUGACAAGGAUGGUCAAGUGGUGGAUCGAUAUUAUCCCACCACGUCUCCUCUUAGCCUUGAGCGAGAUAUCUGUAAACUACUUGGUGUUGAAUGAAUACAUACAUGGAUUAAAGCAUCACUUUUUGGCUUUGUAAUGUUCCUUUUUGAAGUUGUAAUAUUAUGCAUAAUAAUGGAUUAGUUUCUGACAAACUGAACAGACAUGAAUAUCCUUAUAGACAACAUGUUGCUUAACUUUAUAAAGAUUGACGAAUGUCAAGACUUUUUUUAGUUUUAUUAUAAUUUUACACCAAUCAUGUAAGAUCUAAAA